GCUGGUGUCAGUCAAACCCCGGGCGGGAUCAAGUUCCCGGCCGCCUGUGCUGCGGUGAGUGGCGGCUGCUCCGGCUCCGGGACCUCAGACAGGAUGAUGAAGUUUCGGUUCAGGCGGCAGGGGCACGACCCCCAGAGAGAGAAGAUCAAGCAGGAUCUGUUCGCCUUUAACAAGGUAAGGAGGGAGGGGACAUGGCUGGCUGAGGGUGAUGAGUGCCCUAUAGAGGGGGGCAAGGCAUGGGGCCCUUUAUUGUGGGCUGGGGCUGGCUUUACUCUCACCCUGGCUUCUUUAGAGUGAGGGGGAGCCAGGGAGACCCUGUAUUUAUUAAACACCUAUCUCUCCAUGGGAGGCCUGGGGAACCCCCACCCAAUAUAAUCUGGGACCCCAAACUAUUAACACUAGUACCCAAAUGGAGGGAGCAGAGGGAUGUCCUGGGAUAGACCCCCACCUACUGACCAUAGGAAUACAUGGGACCCCAAAUGGAGGGAGCAGAGGGAUGUCCUGGGAUAGACCCCCACCUACUGACCAUAGGAAUACAUGGGACACCAAAUGGAGGGAACAGAGGGAUGUCCUGGGAUAGAGACCCCCACCUACUGACCAUAGGAAUACAUGGGACCCCAAAUGGAGGGAACAGAGGGAUGUCCUGGGAUAGACCCCUCACCUACUGACCAUAGGAAUACACAGGAACCCAAAUAGAGGGGGCAGAGGGAUGUCCUGGGAUAGACCCCCACCUACUGACCAUAGGAAUACAUAGGAACCCAAAUAGAGGGGGCAGAGGGAUGUCCUGGGAUAGAGACCCCCCCACCUACUGACCAUAGGAAUACACUGGACCCCAAAUGGAGGGAGCAGAGGGAUGUCCUGGGAUGGAGACCCCCACCUACUGACCAUAGGAAUACACAGGACCCCAAAUGGAGGGAGCAGAGUGAUAUCCUGGGAUAGAGACCCCCACCCAUCCCCAAAAGUGGGGAUAAGCAGAAUGUCCAGGGAUAGAAUCCCCCACCUACUUACCAUAGGGAUACCUGGUCCACACACAUGUGGCUAGUAGAGGAAUGUCUUGGCAUUGAGACCACCUAUCUACUGACUGUAGGUUUACAUGGGUACCCCAAAUGUGGGGGAGUAGUAAUAUCUUGGAAAAAUAGAGACUAACAAUUGGAGUGCCUUCUACCAUUUAUUAUUUUUUUUUUUCACACAAAGUAUAGAGACCCAUACCUAUUGACCCUAGGGCUAUGUGAGUCCAACUACAGUAGGGAGCAGAUAGCUGAGACCCCCAGUUACAAAAGACCAUGGGAUUGUUGGGGUGUAGUUUGACUCCUUGACACACACCAUGGGGAUGCUGCGGUAUAGUCUCCACUGAUACAGGAAACCAUAAGAUAAAGAGAGCGCUUUGUUUGGAUUUAACAAAGCCACCUGAUAAAACAAACAACAUGAUUGAGUGCGGAUGUGUUUAUAGACCCAAGAGAUGAAUAAUUUAGGAGUUUGAGACUCUCUCUUGUUGGGCCGUAGUAAAAACUCUUCCCCCAGUCAAUGACACCAGGGAAUGUUGGGGUAGGGGGGAUAGUGACAUCACCUUUAUAGGAGACUAGAUGUUUCUGGGAUAUAGUCGGACCCCAUUGUCAGGUGAAUAUUGGUUGCUGGGAUGUGGUGUUGUGCCUGCGUUGAUGUGGUAUGAGGUAAGGUUUCAGGUUGUAGUAGGUGUGAAUGAUUCCACAGCGUUGGAAACUGAGUAUAGUCCAACUCCGAUACAAAGUAUGUGUACUACUAAGACACUCUCGGUAUAAAGCAAUACUAGGUUUGGGUGUAAUCGGACCCAGUAAUGAUGGUGGAAAUAUUCUGGGUUUUGUGUUUGUGUAUUUAAUUUGUUCCCCCUGUGUCCAUGAUGUCUGAUCCAUUGGUGUCCCCUCUAAAUAUCUAAUGAUGGAGCAGGCAUAUUGCUUUGCAAUAAAGGUGUUUGGUGCCUUAGAGUCCUUCCCAGGAACUUUCUUUCUUAAACUGUCUACUGUGACAUCUCCAUAGUCAUACAAAGAUUGGCAUAAGCUCCUUUUUUUUUUUUUUAAAUUUAUUUAUUUAUUUAUUUUUUGGGAAGAAAUUUAGUUUCCUCUCCCUUCUGUGCGAAGCUUAGUUAUGUGAUCUGUAUUUUGUUGUCCAUACAAGUGUUUGGCACUGCUGGUAUAUUUGCCAUAAAUCCUAAUGUUUUGCUCUGAUUUGUGCAAAAGGGCAUCUCCAGCCGUGUUUCAAAACUCUUGCCCUGCCAGGAAGAAUGAGUUGCCUGGUGCUCGUCAGUCUUCUCUGACUCUUAGGAAUGGUACCAUGGUGUAUCGCAGACCUCUCUAUGGCGACAUACACAAGCAUCUGCAAUGAAUAUGGCCAUCAAUCACUUUGUUAAAAGUCCUGUUCUGUGCUUUACCAUGGCCAGAACAUCCUUCUUAUUCAUUUGUAAAGCAUCUUGAUAGUUAACUCUGUGUUAAUGCAGGGGGUGCAGAGAUUAGCUGGUCGCCCAUAUGGGGCCCUUCUAGUGGGAACAGAUGCAGAUUAGUAUGUCUGUUUAAUUCCAAAGUACUGAAACAAUGCCCACUAUACUGUUUAAGCAAUGUGAUGGGCACACCUUUGGCUUUCAAAAAUGUUAAAAUCUGGUAAAGAUGGCACAAGCGUGUUGUCCGGGCACUGGGAAGCCAGAGCAGAAAAUUGUCCCUGUGAAAGGGGAGGGUGGGGGUUCAUGUAAUACCCCCACACAAUGCAGCUGCAAGGCAUUAACAUAUUCAGGUCUCUCAAACUGCAAAUCAUGUCAUAUUGAAAUACAAGGAAGGGGAAAAAGCCUCUCCCUGUUUCUGCAGUUUAACCUCUAUGAUGCUAGAUUGCAUUCACUGGUACAUUAAAGCCGCAGAAUCUGACAUUUUAUUUUGUUUAAUCUGAAUGUAAAACUUCCCUUUUCCCCUCUGGACUUGAACUUCCAGUUAUGUUAUCCGCAUUUUGAAUUGUUUUUAUGCUUCUUAAAAGCCAUCAGUUUUGUGUCUGUAUUUCCUUCCUUCCCUUGGCCCUCCUGCAGCUGAUCCUGGCCUCUGGAUACCUCCCACACUUGCAUCUUAAGGAAGAGUUCCACUUCCCUGAGUCAGAGCAAGCACUCCUGUAUGGAAUGAGACCUUGGCAGAUGGCGGAGCUAUGUGACCUGCUGGCCUGUACACAGAGCUCUUUAAAUAAAGCACAGGAAGUCACAGUUUUAGAAAUAAAUCGGCUGUAACUAAAUACGUGUGUUUGGCUCACGCUCAGGUGCUUUUUAUUUAAUAUUAUUACUGACAAAAUGUUUUCUGUACUUCCUGAGAGUUUUCCUCGAUGUUCAUUGUUAUCCAGUUUCUUUUAUGAGCUGAGAUGCAUCAUUCCGAAUUACGAGCUUAGGAUGGUGUGUAGGAUUUAUUAUUUGUGUGUAAUUGUUGAGGGUGGAGUUUUUUGGCAUGCCUUUUUUUGGGCCACACUCUCUCCCUGGUACAGAAAGUGUUAAUUUCCUGAAGAUCUGAAGAACCUGUAGCUAUCUGCCUCUCCUUUUCAUGGUGGUAAGGCUCCCUAUAAUCUGCGCUUCCUUUUCAUCCGCUCAGCAUGUGUUCCAUCUUAGCACUCAGUCUUUUUGGACAUCUGUAUGGGGGUUGAGAAAGGAUUCCACAGGUCUCCAUGGUAAUUUCCAUGCCGGUGGAUAGCUGUGAUGUCACAGUUUUUUGGCCAUUACGUCACAUGCAGGAGACUUAGUUUUCUAACUUUUGCAACCCACGUAACUUAACCUUCUCUCCAAUUAGGAUGGCUAACCCCUUAAUCUUGGUUUCCUGUGAUGCAGAGCAUCCUGGGAAACUCAGUCCAGACCAUCUGGAGUGCCCAAAGAUAGGCUGCAGAGUGGCUCUCUUCUACUUGGGUACCAGUCUGCCUCCAUCUCCAUGAUUAUCCACUCUGUGUGACUGCUCCGGAGUGAGAGGAUCCCUCCUCCCCCACCCCUCUUCAGGGUAUUGUGUGAGUGCUCAGUGUUUUCUUUUGUGAGGACAAAAGCCCCAUUUUAUGCUGUGCUGGAUUAGAUCCUUUUGUGGGAACAAUAGUUCUCCCUAAAUAUUUCUCCAUCCCUUCCCCCUCUUUCCGUGUUUGUCUGUGGUUUUUUUUUUUCAGAGAAAUUGCUGCACAUAAAGCCGUUUGAAAAGCUUUGAUUAUUUUUUUUAAAACCAACAACUUGUGCAUCAGCUCUGAACACCUUCCUAAUAUCACCUGCCAUUUAGCGCUCUUCCAAUGGUUGUGGUGGGUUGUUAAAUCUUUCCUAUUAUCACUUGAGUUCAAACUCUUAUUUUCUUUUUUAUUUACAGUUUCAUUUUAAAUAGAAUUUUUUUAUUUUUGGGUUUAACUUCCUCUGAUCAAGCUGAAAAGAAAGCGUUUUAAAUACCAAGUGCAGUCUACAGGAAAUGUUUGCCAGUGCACUUGUCUGAUGCUUCUGGCUACAUCACUUGUUUCAUUGCCCAUCCCUGACACAGUGUGCUCUAUAUCUAAACUGUUUCCCCUGAUGUCUUUCCCGAGGUUUAAUGGGUUUGUUCACUAAGAUCAGAUUAGUAACAUUUUGAUGGAAAUCUACAGACUUUCUCCAGAAUUUUCAUAUUUGAUCUUUGCCAAGUGCAAUUCACAGCUUAAUUCAGGGACUCGUAUUGAAUGUGUGUACAUUUAAAUUCAGCAAACAAACCUUCUGCUACAAACUGGGCUAUUCCAUAAAGUGAGCAUUGUUUUUGGUAAAGUGAAUUGAAUGUUUUAGGCUGGAAUGGCUCAAUAAGAGAACCUGUGUUUAAGGUUUUGAACUGGAAAAUGUAGAGUUGAUCGUCCAUGGUAAGAUCUGCCAAACAUCAAACUUUUGAUCUUGAUAAUAAGGAAAAUCAGAUUUAAAUGUGUACAAAAUACAUACUGGAAAGUUUUGUUUGCCAUCUCCUAGCACAAUCUAUUUGUAUAAGCACAAAGUGGAAACUUGUGUUUUAUUUUAUUUUUUUGACACCUGCUGGCUGGAAGUAUUUGUAUCAUAACAUUUGUUUGUCCUAAUUAGGACAGCAUUCACUGGAUGAUCAAGCCAGCUGACGCUCUAAGCCAAUGUACUCCAUUCAAGCUUGUAGAUAACUGAUAUUCCUAAUGCGGAUGUGUUACUGCCCCAACCAAUCAAAUGGAUGGAGUCAGAGGAUUGCUGACACCAUAACCACUACAGUGUACUCUGGUAGUAAUGUAACUUGGCUUGCCCUUAUUUAAGGCUCAGCGGACCUGACAGUGCUGCAAAUCUUACACUUCUGUCUUUUGCUUUGAUUCAGAGUUGACUCUAUCAUGUUUACAAAUACGACUCCCUUCCAUAAAAGUGCCUUUAUCUGCUUUAGUGCUGCCAAGAGUUAAAGCUUGCUUACUUGUAAAAAUAUAUUUAGAUUGUUAUGAGGAAGGUGAGAUUUACUCUUGGUCUUCCAAACUGAUGGGUUGGACUGGAGAUGUGGAGGGAUCUUCCUGAAAGUUGGUUAAGAAAAGCUGGAUAUACUGUCUAUAGCCUUCUAGAACCUUUACAUGUAGUGGUUAUAGUGCUUAGCCUGUCCUUUUUAAAUUAAAGGAUCACUAUAACAUUAGGAAUACAAACACCUUUUGCAGUGCAUUAAAAUAGGUAAGCGUGGGUUUUUUUUUUAAAUCCCUCUCUCCUCUGUAGCAUGUGGUUCAAUCCAAUGCUCCUUAUAGCAUUGAGGACCUAGUUCACAUAAGCGUUGCAUGCGCAUUUAAACAAACCUAUAGAAAAGCAUUAAAUCCAUGAAUUCCUAUGGAUACCUCAGGGUCACGUGACCAAGUUUUAAGUGAGCGGAAGCACCUCUAGUUGCGGUUGUACUGACUGCCACUAGAGGUGUACUUAAAGAAUUACUCCACCCUUAAGAAAAUGUGUCUUAACUUUACUAUGCCCUAUAGAGCACUACUAUUGGGUUACCCCCCCCCUUAUAAUAAGUAAAAAUACGUUUUCUGUGCAUUUAAUUCGGCACCGGGAAGAUGGUACUUGAUCAAUCUGCCCAUCUAUAUAAUCUGUUGGUACGAGCAUUAGCUAAUCAAUCCCAUGCUGAGAGCCUAUACCUAGCCAAUUCAGAAACUCAGAACAUAAACUGAUGAUGUUGGCUUAUUCAUGGCCCCUGGUCCAAAGCUUCGUGAUUGAAUUAAAUUGUGUGAUAACAUUUUGUUAGUCUCUUUUUAAAUUCAUCUUGUGGCCAAAACACAGAAGUGUGUAAUCGUAAUGUGUGGGGUGGUUUUUAUUUGUAUUUUUUUUUUAUUUAUUUUUUUAUUUUUUUUUAGAAUUAUUUUAUAAAUGGCAGUAUAGUUUCUCUAAAAGUCGCCUGCUUGCCCAUUCCCAGCUAAUUUUUGUGGGAGAGUAAGAGAAAUUAGAGAAACUGUCUCUUUCCUGAAAAUUACACCAAAAAAAGUGAUUGGAAAUCACCUAUAAUUUGUUUGAAACUUCUUUUCAUGAGAUGCUCCAUUUUUUUUUGUUGUUAUGGGCAAACAUAACAAAUGAUGAGAAAUAUUUCUCCUCCUCGCUGAAUGCUCUCUGAGCUCCCUGGCAGUCAUUGUUGACCUAGGGCAGUGAGCUUAGAUGGAGGCCUCUAGAUGCAUGAAAUACCUGUUAAUGUAUUUCACAGUUAAGGAAUAGAUAUUUUGUCAAAUCUAAGGAUAGGUAAACAUAAUCUUAUAAAACCUGGAAGUGACAUUUCCACUUUAAGUGUGUCAAUGAGAAAAAAACCAAAAAACUACCACGAAAACAUAACUGUGCAACAGCUGCACCAAAACUCGGUGAUCUAAAUAUUUUGAGAGUCCCAUAAGUGCACCCAUUGAAAUUACAAUUUGAGACGGGAAAACUUGUCCUCAAGGUUGAAGGCAAGCCUUGUAACAGCAUCUUUUAUGGACUACUAUUCUGAUGACACUCAGCCAGUCAAGCGAAGCCUCAAGGCAAAUGUGGUGCACAAGCAUCUGCAGUACCAAGGCUUGCAAUCACUGGAGCUCCUUUGCACUGUAUCCUAGAAAUGUGUUCAUAUUUAUGAGCUUUUCCUCAUGCUGUUGUAGUUUGCAGUGCAUGCUGGGAGUAGCGGAGGGGUUGGCGUUUGCAGUAAUUAGAAUCAGAUUCUUGGAGAGAUAAUUGAUUCAGUCCGGAUGCAGCUGCAAUGUGAUCUCAUCAAGUGCCGGGGAGAGCAUCACUCAAACUACACCUUAAAAUAUUUUACUUCUCCCCUUUUGCAUGCAUUUUUAAAAACUCCCCUGGCAGGGGUUAGGCGGGACCCACAUGUCUUAUUGAGCUAAUGGAUCUAAACUUAUUUUUGGGAGGAGGUAAUCCCUAAUGCCCUGUGCUCCUGCUCUUUUUCAGUAAACACCCCUAAAAUGCUAUUUCAAUGAGUUUCUGUUGUUUAAGAAACACACACUCUGCAGAUGUGCAGAGCAGUUAUCUGCAGAUCUUAUUUUUUUUUUUUUUUCUCUUUGCUAAUCUCAAGAUGACUGUUAAUACGUAAUUAAAACAAACCAUAUCUGUAGUUAUUCCCCAAACACUGGCAAACUAGUUGUGUGCGAUUUAUAUGUCUAAUUUGAGGGGUGUGUGUUCCCCUCAUUUUAUUAAAAUACUGUCUGGCUACUACAUUUUAGGUAAAUUUGUCAAACCCUGAUGUAAAGCGCCGUAUAAAAAACGAUUAGGACAAAGGGAACACAAUGUGCAUAAAUGAACAUACUACUAAAAUAAAAGUACCCUGAUUGCUACAGAAACCACAGUCCGUAACGGAGAACAUGACAAUUACUUGGUAAAAGACCUGCUGUUCUGCAAGUGGCCAUUAAAGGAACACUAUAGUCCCCUAAAUUACUUUAGCUAAAUAAAGCUGUUUUAGUGUAUAGAUCAUUCCCCUGCCAUUUCACUGCUCAAUUAACUGUCAUUUAGGAGUUAAAUCACUUUGUUUCUGUUUAUGCAGCCCUAGCCAUACUUCCCCUGGCUAUGAUUGACAGCGCCUGCAUGAAAAUAUAACUGGUUUCACUUUCAAACAGAUGUAAUUUACCUUAAACAAUUGCAUCUCAAUCUCUAAAUUGAACUUUAAUCCCAUACAGGAGGCUCUUGCAGGGUCUAGCAAGCUAUUAACAUAGCAGGGGAUAAGAAAAUCUUAAUUAAACAGAACUUGCAAUAAAGAAAGCCUAAAUAGGGCUCUCUUUACAGGAAGUGUUUAUGGAAGGCUGUGCAAGUCACAUGCAGGGAGGUGUGACUAGGGUUCAUAAACAAAGGGAUUUAACUCCUAAAUGGCAGAGGAUUGAGCAGUGAGGCUGCAGGGGCAUGUUCUAUACACCAAAACUGCUUCAUUAAGCUAAAGUUGUUCAGGUGACUAUAGUGUCCCUUUAAAUGCCAAAAUUGCAGGGGCUGUUGUAUCUGAUGAAGGAUGGGAAGCACUCGGUAGAAUAUAAAUCUAAUCACGUGGACUUGUGUUUCCAAAAUUAUCAUACCUGCAGAAUUGAAGAAAAAUGCUAGGUGAUCAAUAGUUUUGAGGUUGACAAUUGGGAGGGAUGUUGCGUAAGGCUGCCAAUCCUCCAGGAACAUAGUGAUUCUGAGUAUAUUAUUAAAACGCAACCUUUAGAGAGACACAUUGCUCAUUAUAACCAUUUUAAUCUCUUUGAAGUGGUUAUAGUGACUGGAGUAUCCUGGCACUGUCUCUCCAUUGAGUGCUAAACCAUUUCUGAGCAGUUUAACCCUGAAUGAGGGUCUCUGAUCACCUACAGCUCAGCCCUCAAUGGAAAUAUGGGUAAGACGGAGGUUACACACUUGCUUCUAGUCAUUCCAAUUCAUACCAGUAAUGGACGCUGGGAUAGGUCGACCGCUGACUCCCAGACAUUAAUUGCUGCUUGGGCAAAUGCCACACAGUGAAGGGAGGGCACUAGGGGACUUCCCACACUAUAACCACUUUAAGGCGUAGUGUGUGUGUGUGUGUGUAUAUAUAUAUUUUCUUAUUGGUUGCUAUAAAUGUGGGAUAAUGUAGCAUCUUAGACCUAGUCUAUUACCAAGCUCUUCAAAUGAAUAAGGCCAUGACAGGAUCCAUAGGGAACAUGAUUCACCACCCCCUUCCCUUUCCGUGCCACUGAUUAUUCAGAAACGGAAUACUUGUUUUUAUAAAGUACAGGUGUCCCAUCCUUCGAAAAAAAUCCAUAAAGUCCUCCUCCCAUUUUAUCUCCAAAUGUAAAAUCUCAUGUCUCUGACUAAUUAGGAUGGCAAGUUUUUCUGUUUUGUGGAUUUAUGUGCCUGCUUUUUCUCAACGUGUGGUGGUGUUUUUGUCUGUUGUACAACUGCAAUUCUCUUUUUAAAUGCAGGAAGAAAGGUGGUGAAGCCAUACUCCCUCCUCUUCACCCCCACACUCCCACUCAAUUUCUUAAAAUAACCUGCUGAUUACUUGGUUUGAAGUGUAUAGGAGUGAGUUCUUAGAAAGGGAUUGUGGGAUACUCUGUGAAUGCUGAGGAAACUGAAAUCUUCUCAAUGUGUCCUGUUACUGCACUCCUACUCACUUUUUUUUUUUUUUUUUCUCUUUCUCCCAAUCAGACAGUCGAACAUGGAUUUCCCAACCAGCCAAGCUCUCUUGCCUUCGACCCUUUACUUCGGAUCAUGGCCAUUGGUGCAAAGUCUGGAGCUGUUAAAAUGUAUCCUUCGCAUUUGGCUGCCUUAAUUUUGCAGCUGUUGGACUAAAACUCGUUCCACCCUUAGCCUGCAACUGUCCGUUCCACAUUGUAAGAAAGAAGCAACGGUGUGACAGGACAUAUAGCACUGCUGCUUGCUUUUUAAAACCAAUUCUUUUACUCAGGUUCUGAACAUUCCAGUUUUUGUUCUCCUUUCAGUUGUGUCUCUAGAACAGAGCGAAGUGUGAGACAUUAACCUCUUAAGGACACAUGACAUGUGACAUGUCAUGAUUCCCUUUUAUUCCAGACGUUUGGUCCUUAAUGGGUUAAAGUGGUGCAGUGAGCUCUUUCAUACAGAUUGGUGGCUCUCCCCGAUCACACUUGCAGCAGAUGAUGCACUUGUCUGAAGUAUGCCAUACCCAAAUCCACAAUCUUUGCCAGGAAAAAAUGUAGCUUUAAUGUUUUUAAAUUUUUUUUAUUUAUUUUUUUUUUUUUACUGUUCCUCACUCCAUACCAUACACAAAAUUCAGACGUUCCUUCCAAAUUGAGACACUAACGCUCACGCAUCGGGGUGGAGGGGCAUUAAACUGACUUAUGUGGUGUCAGGACUACCAGAUGUGUACACGUUUUUAUUUUAAGUAAACCUAUUUUGUACAAAGAAAGUGACAUUGUUUCGCUCAUUGACCUCAAAUUCCACAAGCUGUCACGGACUCGUGCAUGUGUGGCCAGUGUUAGUCUCUAAUGUGGUCUUCUAGCGAUUCCUUGUAAUAUUCCCCCGCCUUCUCCCAGGUAUAUUUGUAAAGUAAUUUGCCAAAUCCUGUGAUCUUUCUCCGGUUUCAUGGGUAAUUAGUGGUGGGGAGGGACCUGAACAAUAGCCGCUCCUUAAAAUCUUUUUCCCAAGAACAACUUAAUACUCGAGGGAAAGGCAAUCCCACCAAUUGAACAUAUUAACCCAUUCAUGCUUUUACAUGGAUUUUCUUGAAGACUUUCCUCUUUACUCCAGAGUCCUUAGUUUGUAAUCCAGCACAGAAGGAUGGGUUAACAUUGUACUGUGCAGCUGAACUUCUACCAAGCCAUCAGCUAGAGGUUAUUUUACUUCCUUCUUACACAGUAAGACCCAGUGCAGGAAUGUCACAUGCCUGGCCAGCAACUGUUGAACUACAAAUCCCAUGAUGCUCUGUCAUGAGGGAAUUGUAUGUUCUACAACACCUGGUGAUCUAUGUUGGCCUCUCACUGUGCCCUGCACUGGAUCCUGGUAAGAAGUGGAUAAAGUUAUUGCAGAUAGGCACGUUUUACUCAAUCACAAUCAGACUGUAUUCCCGUUGUUCCUUGGCGUUGUGAUGUAUAUAAAUGGGUUAUACACCAGAUGCUGAACUGUAGAGAAUUGGAAAAUAAAAAUGUAGGCUAAAGUUGAUAACCUGUGACUACAGCAGAGUUAAAGAAUUUGCCAAAAUCUGCCAUUUUGGACUAAAAUUUAGCAAUUCUGUCUUGAAUUAAGUGUGUGUGUUGGGUUUUUUUUGUUUUUUUUUUGUUUCUUGUAUGCCACUGAUUGUGUUAAGGGUGGUGAAUCUGAAAAGGGGGUCAGGGGGAAUUGGCAGUCUCCAGGCAACAUUCCCCCUGAAUAGCCACUCUCUGUUCAAACACGAGAGCUGGAUCAUGCCCCCCUCUCUCUUCUGUCCCACUGAGUACUUGGUAAGAAUCUGUUUCCAUGGAAAUGCAUGUGAGGGGAGUUGCAAGGAGCUAGAAUGAACUCCCAGCUAGCCAGGCGGUAGUGCCCUGUCUUGUGGAUCCAGCUACUUUUUAUGAGGCUAAAUUCGGGAAACUGAAUGUUGGCUGCUCUGCAACUCCUGGCUGUCACCGGUCAGCCAGUCCUUGCUUUAUCACUGGGAGUUAGAGGCAUAACUCACACAACUAUAGGUAGCCCAUUCUGUUAACAAAUGCAAGAUGCAGAGUAAAGGUACAUAACAGCGUACCAAUAACGAGUAAAUGACCUCUGUGAGAGGCAAAUGAGACUAAAAGGUGCCAUGAUCUCCCAUGGUGCUGGAUACCCGGUGCCAUGGGAGAUCAGAGAUGACUGCUGACCCAGUAUAGAAAUCAUGAGCCUAGCUUCACAGCGUUACCCUUAAAUGAAUAGCUAAAAGUCCGGUGAGAAGGCUGUAGUAAACCAUAGAGUCCAUAUACUUGAGUAGACCUGUGUCCUUCUUUGGGUUGAGAGGGUUGGCUCCUUCAUCUUGGUGUAGGGGAGGAGAUCUGUCCUGUUUCCAGAACUGAGGAACCACUUGUUUGGCCACGUUUUCAGAUUCGUUGGUGAUGGAUUUCUUAUAUUGUGAGGUAGGAGUCAUUGCGUAAUGCAGGAGUUAAGGGGUCAGGUGGAAGGGUGGGGAGUUGUCAGAGAAUUUUUUUAUUAUAUAGUAUGAAUCUUCCACCAAUAUGGUACCAUAAAGGGGCAUUGCCACCAAAUAUAUAGGAAGGUGCUCUUGGCAGAGUAUUUGUGGAGUUCUGUACCACAUGGUAAGGAUCUUGCAGGCCACUGGCUAGGGUGCAGUGAUGCAUGAAGUCACAUAUCUUAAACCACUGAGCAGAGGUAAAGGUUUUGCUUAAGGGAUAUAUAUUUUUGUUUGUUUGCUCAUGAAUGGAGGAGAUAUUGUCCGUUUUGUCUCAGUUGGCGUACAUAUUGGAGAAAUGGCAGAAAUGUAUUCUUAAACAAAGUCCAUUGUAGUUGACUGCGUGCAACAAACCUAUCUCAAUUCUUAUGCCUUUUAUCUGUCACCUUAACGUUUUGAAAAAGCAACACCAUUUCUACACAAAUUUUGGCAUUAAGUGAACAUGCUGUCACAGCCUCACUCCUAUCACUCUCAGCCAGUACAGGAGAGCAUUCAGCGUAUUUCCUCCUUCCUUCAGCUGAGCUCUGCAUGCGGGGUGACUUGAGGUUUUGACCUCAUUGGCUGGCGGCUAGAGUUUCCGAAUGCAGUGACAGCGCACUGGCUCUGCGUUACAUUAUGAAGGCUGUGCUUUCUCUAUAUAUUGCUCGUCUCGUGAUGGUAAUGGGGUGCGUUUACACAGCUGUCUUUGUGCUGGUAUUAUCCAGGUCACAAUCUCCAUCCAUGCCUGGUUUUUGAGAACCUUUUUUUUUUUUUUUUUUUUUUUCUUCAUUUUUCUCCAUUACAAAGGAGGAUUGUUCCCGCAGCUGUGUCUGACAGUGGCUCUGAGUAAUGGCCUGUGUCAGCUCACGACAGUUCUGCAGAGUCCCUUCCUGGCCCAGUACCCUGUGUGACCCGUGGCUAUAUCUGUAUAGAUCCGAGGUGUGGUGGAGACCGUGACGCAGUGCUCUCUGGGAUUUAGCACUUGCUGCAUUUGAUGACUUGUUAAUGCCACUGAGUCCUGACCCCACAAUAAGGACAUGGCUGUCACAGGAAGCACUAGGCUUAGUAAGCGAUGUUAACUGUUUGAGCACCAGAAUAGAUUGCUCCUGUGUCUACGGCAAGCAGCCGCACGAUAUGUGUAGUAAAGCCUGGGUGAUGUUUGUAGGCUGCCAUUUGAAUAGACACUCCUUAGAGACUUGUUGGUAAAACAAGAGCAUUGGCAUUAAAGGCCCUGCUGGUGCCACUCUUAUUAAGCAGUUAUGUUGUUAAUUUGGAGUUUAAAGAAGUGUAUAGUAGUGCUUUAUGUACGAUUUUAAGAAUGGUCUUCUGUCAAAACAAUGUUCGCUUUAACUUCUAUUGGACUCUAUUCCCCUUAAAGUAUAUCCCGGAUUGUAUCGUGCACUGCAUGGAACCAGUGAGAAAGUGGGUCAAGCAUUGACCUUAAACAGGAUGUACUAAAGGGUACUUCUGCAGUCCUAAUAAUUUUUUUUAAAUUUUUUUUCCUUGUGCAUAGAUCCAAUGCUUGCCCAAGAAGCUUACACUCUAUCUAUAUCUCUCUAUCUUUCAGCCGUUCUAAACCAUAACAGACCAUGCUUUUUAUAUUGACUGAUUUAGUCUGCCCCCGUAAAUAUCAAAGCGAGGGUCUCAUUGUGGAUUGGUUUGUUGAGUCAAUGGAUCGUGACUCCUGUUCUAGGAGAUCCAUGGGGACAGGGCAGCUUUGGAAAUCUGAGAGCUUAGCUGGGGGUUUCAAGCAGAUCAUGUGAUUAAAGUCUCUUGUUAACUUUAAAGGGCCUGUAGUCAUGGUAACAAGCUACAGAGGUGGUGUGUUAACGUUUAGGUACUGCCUCCUUUACUACAUCCUCCUGUUUUUCAGGAUUGUAAACAUUCCACCUGCAAUGUGUGGUUGUAUAUUUAUGUACGUGUCUUCUCUGGAGAAGGGUUUUCUAUAGAUAACGUGGCUGUCUCCUGGCAGGGAUUUGGCUCUGAGCUGCUUUUUGUUGGAUUUCAUACAGCCACAUGUUGAUGUUGCCAGCACAUUGUGCAGAUCUUCAUAGCUGCGUGUGGGAUCAUGAUCUAAAUCCUGUACAUAUACGUUAUUGUGUUUGAACCUUGUAGCGGAGGGGCUGAGCGGAGCCAAGUUAUCUACAAUCUUGCUGUAGAUAUAGAGCAGAGCUGGGUACGCUGCGUGCGCAGAAACUAGAUUAAAACCAAAAGACUUGUCAUCAAAAUGCAAUAAGGCCAGUUAACCCGACCACAAAGCAGAUUUAUGGUUUGUUCUACACUGCUGUCUGGCUGCCAGCCAGAGCCUGUAAUAUCUUAAUAUCUGACCUGGAAUGAACAAGGGGAAACAAACUGAUAGACUAAUUCCCCUUCCUGAAAAAUAAAUCAUUGUGUCACUCGUUAUCCAGGAAGCUUGGGCCCCCCCCCCCCUUAUAGAAUGUAUUUUGUAAAUAUUUUUAUUAAGGAGUUUUUACAAUUCUAAUGAAAGCAGAACAUAAAUGAUACAGAAAUAUAUAAACCAAUAUAAAACUGGGGAAUAAUGACCGAUCUAGCCAUCCAGAAGUACAAAUGUAAUAAACUACCAGGACCGAAUCAUCCUGGUGUAAAAUGUUAUGGAGUUUUUAUAACAUGUUAAUGUGUAUGGAAUUUUGCUGGCGCUCUAUAAAUAAUAGACAUAACUGGUCAAGUGGAUUUCAUGAAUGUAGGCCAUACCGCUGUCUGUUUUUUUUUUUUUUUAAUUGCCCGUUCAUGUCACAUCAGACGGACGAAAAGCCAACUUGCAUCUCAUAACUUCAAAUACACUUAUAGGAUGUCUAUAUUUUGGCACCUAAUUAAUUUUUUUCCUUCCCUCUCUCACUUAAUUUGACUCAAGAACAGUAAAUUAUGUAAGCAGACAAAUAUCCUUGUUCCCUCCCUUGCCACAUACUAUUUAUUGCUAUGAAAAUAUCACGUGUGUAUAUUUUUUUUUUUAUUUUUUUUUUUUUAUAUGCCCCCUCCACUCCCAUGCAAAUAGUCCAUUAGUUGCUGUUAAGGAUUCUGAGUGAUCUCUCAAAUUCAUUUUUGUUUAUGUAUAUUGCUGGAAUUUUGGAAAAUCUGCCCCUCCUCCCUAUCUACAACUUGAAACCUUUUGGGUGAGCCCAACCUAGUUGCUCAGCUAAUAAAUGUCUGUUCUCCCACGUCAUUCCUUCUGUUAAAUAUCCAGUAUCCGUGGUGAGCAGUGUGCCCUCCUCUUGUAUACUAGGCUAGAGUUAAAGGGGCUGUUCUCUAUAUAAAUUACUAGAGUUUGGGUGAAAAAGAAUGACCGUGCUCGUUCGGUAGUCUUCUUACAUCAGUAAAGCAUACGUGUGUUAGUUCAAACUAAUUGCCAGGAUUUUAGUCAUCUUCUCUGUAGCUGUGUAGAAAGCAGACCCAAUGCAUUGCAUUUUGCCCUUUCCCAGUACCAUCAACCUGUUGUAGACCAGCAGCCAGUUUAGUAAUCAUUGGAUGUGCUGAAUCUCUUGUCCUAAAGGCAAAUGUGCUCAGUGACCCAUUCUUUCAAGGCCUUACUGCUAUUGUGACAGUCUGUCUGUCGAACAUAAUGUGCCUGUUCCAACUAAUGAGACUUCAUUAAAAAAGCAUGGAGACCUAGUCCUGGCUCCAAACAAUCUGAUAAAUUCACCGACCUAUUUAAACUUCAAAAUUCCAAGUAUUCCUGUUAACCUGCUCUAUUUUUAACCUCCGAAACAGACCGCUGUCACUUGCGUUGUCUUCCAGUACUUUCCUUAAUCUCUGAUUUCUGCAGCUAUGGCGCUCCAGGCGUGGAAUUCACAGGGCUUCACAACGACAUGGCGACCGUCACACAAAUGCAUUUCCUGCCAGGCCAGGUAGGCUUCUGUAGUCACUAUUAUUGUAAAAACUAUGGAUUUAUGUGUGCAGUUUUAUUUUUUCUUUCCUCCAUCCUGUAUUGUUUCCUCUGCUGCUUGUUAUGAGAUUUAUUCAUUUAAACUAGAACUGAAAAUGUAAAGCACAAUUUAGAAAUAAAAUGUGUGAAUAAAACCAAAAAACUUAAAAUCUGACCCAAUAACUGAUGGUUUAUGGACCACCACUGCUUUCAUUAGUACCUUUUACGUUUGCUAGCUUGGUAGCCAGUCUGUGAUACCAUCAUCUUUCAGAUCGAUUUUUAAGUGGGGGGAAAAAAUUCGUUUCGGAAAGGGAGGAAUUUCUCCUUGGGAGCCGUGGUGAGACUAAAGUCCCAUGAUGCUCAGCAUUUACCCUAAAUCAAUGAAAGGUGGUCAGGCUGGGCACAUUCAGAGCUUGUAGAAACAGGCGAGACUGAGCUCUCCUAACCAGGGCUUCUUAAGAUGCGCAGUUAUGGUAGUCUCUGAAAUCUGCUCUGACCUGGACUGUGGUAAUCUUUUUAGUCUAGUACAAAUGAAGGCAAGAUCUAACAUUUUAAUCGUUUUAGGGUCGCCUGAUUUCACUGCUGGAUGAUAACACGUUACACCUGUGGCAGCUGCAGCACAAAGAUGGCUCCUCUCACCUGGAUGAAAUCCGCAGCUUCACUCUCCCGGGACGGCCAGGGUUCGACUGCGCUAAGUACUCAAAAACCUUUUCUCUCUCACGCUUGUCUGUCUAAAAAUGGGUCAUGGGGGACUUGAGAUAACGUGUCUCAAUCUUGAACGCAUCUGUUAUUGAUAGAAUGGGUUAGUCAUCCUGACACUGACUUUUAAGCAUCAUGGGAUAUGAAGUGUUUCCAUUGCCCGGAAGACUGAUUCAAUGGUAGGUGGCACUAUUAUGGCCCCAGUUUAACGUCCGCAUGUUAUUACAGAGUGGGGAACAACAGUGUUGCCCCAAAUCUUUGUGGAUUCUAGAUGCUGUGAACUAGAAAACCAUGACUCAACCAGGCUGAAAAUGAUUAUACUAAAAUCCUCCUGAUUGCUGGUGUCCUCGCCUUAAAGGGACACCAUAGUCACCAGAACAACUACAGCUGAUUGAAUUUGUUCUGGUGAGUAGAAUCAUUCCCUUCAGGCUUUUUGCUGUAAACACUGUCUUUACAGAGAAAAUGCAGUGUUUACAUUACAGCCUAGUGAUAACUUCACUGGCCAUUCCUCAGAUAGCUGUUAGAGAUCCUUCCUGGGUCAUGGCUGCCUAAAAUGCAUCCAAACAUUCAGUAUCUCCUCCCUCUGCAUGCAGACACUGAACUUUCCUCAUAGAGAUUCAUUGAUUCAAUUCAUCUCUAUGAGGAGAUGCUGAUUAGCCAGGGCUGUGUUUGAAUCAUGCUGGCUCUGCCCCUGAUCUGCCUCUGUCAGUCUUAGCCAAUCCUAUGGGGAAUCAUUGUGAUUGGAUCAGGCCACCACUUCUAAGGCAAACAGCAUGCAGAUUUACAGCUUCAGGCAUGAAUACAGUAAGAUUUUGCUAUAUUUAUGGAGGCAUGAGGGGCCCGGGAGGGGGGGGAGCUAGAUGGUGGUUUUAACACUAUAGGGCCAGGAAUACAUGUUUGUGUUCCUGACCCUAGAGUGAUCCUUUAAUGGUGACACUGAAAUAUCCUGCUUUUUGUUGUAGUGCCAGGCUUAAGCUGUGAAUUGUUGAAAGUUCUGUUUCAUUGCUCCUGCUGAUGGUUACAGUACUUAUGUGGACAGGGCAGCCAGAUAAUUUUUUCAUGGUCGAUUAGGGUAAUGUACAAGCGUGAGGGUGUAAAAAGGCUCACAGUGGUGACGGUGAGGCUCACAAUUGUGGCAUGCACAUUGGUACUGGAAACUUCAUUGCUGAUAUUUGGCAGGGGUCAUUUAUUUUAUAUUUAAUUUAAAUUUUUUUAACUUAUAUAUUUUUUUUUAAUUUUUUUUUUAAAUACAUGUCAGGAGCUGUCUUGAUGGCUUUAGGUGCUGGAAGGAGAUAAUGUCCUGCCCAAAAUGAAACUUGUAUUUUAAUUGGAUGCUGUAUCUGAAACCAGCUUAAUUUGUGCUGGCUGGUCAGCAAAAAGUCUGACAUUUUAUGUAUAUUCUCUUAUCUAAACUAGGCAAACCUGAGUUUAUUCACUAAAGUGAGCAUUCAAAGUGAAUCUCAAUAGGUAAAAAUAGCUGUUUCCAGUUCGGCUACUGUUGGCCCUUUUAAAGGGACACUAUAGUCACCUGAACAACUUUAGCUUAAUGAAGCAGUUUUGGUGUAUAGAACAUGCCCCUGCAGCCUCGCUGCUCAAUCCUCUGCCAUUUAGGAGUUAAAUCCCUUUGUUUAUGAACCCUAGUCACACCUCCCUGCAUGUGACUUGCACAGCCUUCCAUAAACACUUCCUGUAAAGAGAGCCCUAUUUAGGCUUUCUUUAUUGCAAGUUCUGUUUAAUUAAGAUUUUCUUAUCCCCUGCUAUGUUAAUAGCUUGCUAGACCCUGCAAGAGCCUCCUGUAUGGGAUUAAAGUUCAAUUUAGAGAUUGAGAUACAAUUAUUUAAGGAAAAUUACAUCUGGUUGAAAGUGAAACCAGUUUUUUUUUUUUCAUGCAGGCUCUGUCAAUCAUAGCCAGGGGAGGUGUGGCUAGGGCUGCAUAAACAGAAACAAAGUGAUUUAACUCCUAAAUGACAGUGAAUUGAGCAGUGAGAUUGCAGGGGAAUGAUCUAUACACUAAAACUGCUUUAUUUAGCUAAAGUAAUUUAGGGGACUAUAGUGUUCCUUUAAAUUUGAAAUUCACUUUGAAUUCUCACUCUAGAAUGGAGAUAUCUAUAUCAUUAGUUUCCAUGGUAACUGCUUCUAAUACAGCGGUUUGGCCCAAAAUACCUAUUUAUUUCUAUGGUUCUUCAUUUUCACACUAUUCACUCCUCUCCAGUUUUAAAGAGGAACUGCCCCCUUUCUCCCUGCUUUUAUUAAUUAAUUUUUUUGGAAUUCCAACCCCUACCCCCAAGAUGGCUACUGGUAUGCUUGUUAAAAAUAAAAUCCUUUUUGGAAGCCGGAAUCUGACCAUGUGUUCCUUGUGAUUUUUGCAGUUCCCCUCCCAGCACUACGCGCGUGACUGUGAUUCUAGUGAAUGCCGCGUGCAAUAUGGCUGCUUUGGGGACAGAAGGUGGUGGUGUGUACUUCCUGCAGCUGCCCAGUUUGAGGCUCCUGGAGGAUCGGACCCUGCUUCCAGAUGAGGUCUUACAGAGGUGAGAACAGGUUUGACACGCUGCCGUCACCUGGACUGGAGCCAAAUACUGCACCCUCCUCCCCUUAUCACUUUUUUUUUUUUUUUAAAUAAAAAAUUAAUGAAUCUGAAACAGACUAUAUGGUUUGGGAUGACUAGUCCAAUUUGAAUAUUUUUUUUAUUUUAAUUUUGUGGCUUAAGGUCCCAUUAUUUCCAGACAAACUGACUAAUGUCCUUUCUUGUUGUCAGUAUGCCAGAGGAGCAUCGCUGUGGGAAGUCAUUGGGUCCUGUGGAGUCUUUACAGGAACAUCCUCAACAGCCAGGAAGGAUUCUGAUUGGUUACAGUCGAGGACUGGUGGCUCUGUGGAACCAAGGGGAUCACAAAGUGGAACAUGUCUUCCUGGGCAAUCAGGUAACAAGGCCAAAUUUUUUUUUUUUUUUUUUUAACCAAGUGACCUCUAAUUCCUACUGCUUACUAACCCUGAAGGGGUAAUGGCUUUAUGUGCUAUUUACAAGGAACACCUUGAUAUUAUUGGUUGUAAUAAAUAUGCUUCGAUUAGAAACUGUCAAGCCCAAUGGCUUUUAACUUUUUUUUUUUUUUUCCCUCUUUCUGUGGCUGUCAUUUAGAUUUUACUUUAGGGUGUCUUUACUAAGCAUUGAAUUUUUUGAAAGCCAAAUAGACUGCUGCGGGGGGAAUCCUCUAUCAUUUGAUAGAUUUUUUUUUUUUUUAAAGCUAAGAAAAAAAUAGUUAUCUCUUAACUACAAAGCUGUACCGGGUUACGUACACUCUCCCUUAAGUUGGUUCUUGGUCAUCUCCUCGUUCUACAAAUGUCUUUUUAAAUAAAAAUUAAUAGUUUUGACUCAGUUCAGUGUGUGAUGGUUUAAAAUGCUGAUUAACACAUUGUGGCUCUGUGUGUCUCUUGCAGCAGUUGGAGAGCCUUUGCUGGGAAAGCAGUGGGACCUCUUUUGUCAGCUCACACAGUGAUGGUGGUUACAUGGUGUGGGCGGUAGGUGGAAGCUCCCCCACCACAACGCAGCCGGUUACUGCUACCAUACCUUACGGUGAGCUCAGAUAGCUGGUCCCAUAAUUUAACAUUCUUUAUUUUAAAAAAAAUCUGUAGCUGGUUUUGUAUCAUAUCAGAUCAUACUUCUAGGUUGUUGUGAGUGGAUCUUCCCAAAAAAAAGGAAAAGUGGUGAAGUUUUGUUGACUGUGGUGUAACUUGUCUCCCAGGAGCUUCUAGAGCAAGGGUGCCCAAUAGGUAGAUUCCCAGAUGUAGAACUCCAUCUCCCAUGAUGCUUUUAGAACGGCAAAGCAUAAUAGUUUUAAAACAUCUGAAGAUCUAUCUAUUGGGCAGAUCUAGAUUGAUAUUCAUGGACAAUACUUCUCCCUCUAGUGGCUGUUGUCUGAAUAGACCGUUACUAGAUGGGGGACAGCAAAACUAUCAUCUAAUCUUGUCAAGCUCCAUUCAUUAGAUAUCCCGGUGUAGGUGAGAGUACCAGCUAAACUUUCCGUUGCAUAUUCCUUUUGCAGAGAACAAUCACUCAGGUCACUUUGUAAAUGUAAACUUCAAAACUUUCCAUUAUUCAUUCUUUGUGGUCACCAUGUAAUGUUAAACCACCGAUCUCUGAAUAUUUUGGGGUUAAUGUUUGAGCUGAUGCAGCACUCUGCCCUGUACUGCCAAAAACUGGACGACACACACGCACCAGUCAAAGUUCUAUUGGCUGUUGUCACCUUCUCCACUCGUACUCUCCAAAGAUCUAAUUUGGUUAAUGGUUCUUCCUUUUCACUAUUGCAUAGGGAGGAAAUCCGAAGCCUUUUUUAGAUUUCUUGACCACGCACACCAUUCUCAUAGCAUUGUUUAAUUUUCUCACUGUAAUGUGACACCACUUUUAGAUGCUUUGUGUCUAAAAUGUUUAAGUUGGACUGACGGUUUCCUGUAUAAUAUCACUGUAAGUUUAUUGAACUCGAGUUGGAAUUUCAACAGAUCUGCUCUAUAACGGGAUGAUUGAAGCAGCGUACGAGAGACUUGGGUCCUCAUUAUAUAGUAAAACUGGAACAGUAUAUAUUGUUUAGAUCCUGUGUACUCUUCGUAGCGACCCUUGAUGUAACGUUCUAGUUGUUCCUCCCUCUCGCCGUGUAAAUCCUAACCAGCACAUUCUCUCAGCUUGAGUUGUUUGCAUAAGUAUAAAUAUCACUCUUAUUUUCAACAUUUUUUAAUUUUUUGCAAAAUUACAGGUGUAAGAUGUAACCUUUUAUAAGGCAACUUAAAGUGUAAGCACUAUAUCCAUUUAAUCUCACUGAGUUCCCUGAAACUCCCCCUCCAUUCAGUGUUAAACAUUUAAAUUGAAUACAAAUGUCUCUUUUGAAUUAAUACUCCAUAAUGCUCUAACAAGCUGUGCACUCUGAUGAUUUGAUGAAAUGUGAUGCACAAACUAAUAAUCUUGAUGAUUGUUACUGAUCAUAUUUUUCAUGAAUUAUUCCCUUGCCCUCCCACCAAACGUAAUAUUUGUAGCACAUUGUCAAGUAUACUUUUUUAAUUUUUUCCCAGGGCCUUUUCCUUGCAAAGCUAUAAACAAAAUUCAAUGGAAAUCCAGCAGUCUGGGGUAUGUAUUUGUCAUAUUUAGCUGUGUUUACUUAGGAUGUCUUUUGAUUUAGCCAUAUACAGUCUUUUUGUAGAUGUUCUACGUAGUUGACUUCGGAGAUACAAUAGGCAAACAGAUGUGAAGGGAACGAACGUUCCUGUCCUAUACAGACUACAACAUAAUAUAACAAACAAACACGUCACUUUGCAGUAAGCGUGGCUUCAAGGCAGUUCAGGCUCAUUGUAGUGAAGCAGUGAAUAUUGUACUCUGCUUGGAUAAAAGCGAUCCUGUGGGCUGCAGACCUGCCAUUGUGUGAGAUACUCUGCAUUACGGUUUUGCUUGAUUGCUACUUUUAGUACUAUCCUUUCCCCCCCCCCCCCCCCAACUUGUAUUUUAUUGAAAGAUUUAUUUCUUUUUUUCUAGUAUACAACUGUGCAAUAGUACGAGGUGUAUAGUAAAAACAUACAUAACUUAGGUCGUCACUGCUUUGUUGCUGCGAUCUUGAGGCUCAAAGAUGGUACUCUCCUCCUUCUAAAUGUUUCCUGCAGGAAUCACUUUAUUAUAUUUAGUGGUGGCAUGCCACGGGCCAGCUAUGGAGAUCGACACUGUGUCACCAUCCUGCAAGACAAGAACCUGGUCACCUUGGACUUUACAUCCCGCGUUAUUGACUUCUUCACAGUGUGUUCCCUCCAGAGUGAGGAUGGUACGUAUGUUUUAUUGUUGGACCACUUGCUAAAUAUUCUGAAAACAUGAUGGCUUUUGCUUAGACAGAAUGUGGGGCAGUGUCUGAGGAAUGUUCCUGCUGACUACUCUGCAUUUGGGACUUGGGACCACAAAAUAGACGUUGCACAUAGACCUAUCAUUUUUGGUAUGUUGACAAUGUUCCUCCUUUCUUUCUGUUGCCUGUAGGGUUAGACAAUCCCACUGCCCUGGUAGUCUUAGUGGAGGAAGAGUUGGUAGUGAUUGACCUUGUAUCUCAUGGGUGGCCCACGAUUCCUUCACCAUACUUGGCCCCGCUCCACUCUUCAGCCAUUACCUGCUCCUAUCACCUCUCCAAUGUGACCCUCAAGCUGUGGGAGAGAAUAAUCAGUGCGGGCAAGCAACAGAAUCCUCAACUCUCUUCCGUAGUGAGUAUCUAAAUAUUAAUGAAAGAAAAGAACAUUUGUUCUAAUUGUACUUUGAUCUGUCUCAAAAUGUCCAUUAAAACGUAGCCCUGGCUUUUUCUUCUUGUCAGAACUGGCCAAUAGAUGGUGGAAAAAACCUAGCGGAGGAGCCAGCGCAGAGAGGACUUCUUCUCACUGGGUAUGACUAAAUGCAUGGUGCUUUCAAAUUGACUUGGAGAAAUUAUGAAUGUUUAGACACCUAAACUUGCUUUCUACAUUGUUCAUAUUUUAACUACCAAGUAUUGUUGGAUUGAAUGAGACUUUAAUUUGACUAACCUGGUACUGGUCUGAUAUCCGUGCUGACUGCAGAUUCGAAAUCCAAUUUUAAAAUUUUUUUUAAUUUUUUUUUUUUUUUAUAUAGAUUAACUUUUGACUAAUUUAAUAUCCAUACUGAAUGAAUUGCAUUUAUUAAAAAAAAUAUAUAUAUUUUUUAAUUUUAUUUAUUUAUUUUCUCUAUCCCAUCCCUGCAUGAAGUAGAGGGUGAAGUCCUGAUAAUGGGACUACACUAUGUAAAUGAGUAGUAAGGUUCUUACUUGUUGUGUGGGCUGAACUUCCCUCCUGUUUACAUUGGCAAUGACUCAAAAAGCGUGACAAAACUGGAAAGCGUUUUGGGAAUCUUUUGUUUUUAAUUUUUGGCAAAACCUAGGAGGCUAAUCUAAAAUCAUCAUACAGUGUUGGAAGAGAGUGGUUCCAGCUGUGUGGGGGAGAGGUCCUUUAAGCACUCCCUCUCGGCUAGAACAGUAGGAUCAUCAGCCAGGCAGGCCUGUGGCCGUCUAUCUUGUGCAGUCCAGACCAUUCAGCCGUUACUGGGAAGGGGGGUUAUUUUAAAGAACCUAUAAUCUAUUGCAUGUUUGUACUCCUCUUUAGAUUAUCUAUCGUUCUGCUCUUUACCAAAUCUGUACCCCAUCUGCUAUAGCUUUAGGAAACACAAGCUUUUCAUUCUGAAACCUAUAGAAGUACUUCUGAUUCUGCACUUUGAUAUCACUGUAAGUGUAAGACAGUUCACGCCCUGCUUUUGUGUUUUCUUUCAUCAGCCAUGAAGAUGGGACUGUACGUUUCUGGGAUGCCUCUGGAGUUGCCUUGAAGCCCCUCUAUCGCGUAGGGACAGCGGGUAUUUUCCAGACAGACUGUGACCACAAUGAGAGUUUAAACCAGAGCAACGAGGAGGAUUGGCCUCCUUUCCGUAAGGUAUCUAGCAUGUCCUCUUCUGGGCCAGAGGCUCCGUGGCAAGAGAAUGUGUCUCAGUGUUGUGUCCAUGGCCUGGUCUAGUAGGGUAGGAACCCAAGCAUGCUGAACGUCAAUGUCUGAUUUUGAGCAGAUCUUCUGUAUCCAUCUUAGCACAACGCGGUGUUAGCAGCCAGAUCUGUGUUGCACACUUAAGCAACAGUUCUGGCAUUCAGGCAGGAAAUGCUGGCCACAUUCUGCCUUAAACAUCUCUUCACUCCCUAAAUAGUUUUCUUGCUUGAAACACCUCCCCACCCAAUGUUAUCUUGCUCCCACCCUGUUUCUGUUCAGCUAAACAGAACUGUGUUGUUUUUUUUUUUUUUAUUAUUAUAUUGUGCUUUAGCAACCAACUUUACACGCUUUUAUCUGCUACUUUUCCAACUCCCUGACAGUUUAAGAAAGCAGUGUGCUGUCAUGGAAGUUCUAGACUGUAGCCUGGCCACACGCAUUCAGUGAUAGAAUAUGUCCAUCUGUCUUUCAGGUUGGAUGCUUUGAUCCAUACAGUGAUGAUCCACGCCUUGGUAUACAGAAGAUUGCCCUCUGCAAGUACAGUGGCAAAAUGGUGGUGGCUGGCACCGCAGGGCAGGUAAGGGUUCACUUAUGACUUCCACUAAGUCCUGUGGCUGGAACCCACGUGAUCUGGUCUUCACAAUGCUGGUUUGUGAUAUACUUACAGGUUCUGGUGAUGGAUCUGAGUGAUGAGAAAUCCGAUCACUCGAUAGGCGUGGCAACUGUGGACCUCUUGCAGGACAGAGAAGGCUUCACGUGGAAAGGCCAUGAUAGACUGACUCCAAGAAACGGAUCACUGUUUUUCCCACCUGGGUUCCAGACAACCCUUCUGGUUCAGUGUAUGCCGCCAGCAGCUGUGACCGCUGUAUCCUUGCACUCAGAGUGGAGUCUUGUGGCAUUUGGCACUAGCCAUGGCUUUGGGCUCUUUGAUUAUCACCGAAGGAGUCCUGUGCUUGCAAGGUAACAUGGGUUGCAGAUUUUUCAAUACUGGACAAAAAUAGAUUGACUUCACUUAAUUAGUCUUAUCAAUACACUGAAUGUAUCCCUGAAGAGACUGAUAUUGAUAGGGGUACAUGAGGAACCAGAGACAGAUCUACUAAUGGCCUGCCUUUGUGUAAAGGGUGAUUCCUUAUUGCCAUUUUACUCUCUAUUCCAUAUAUGGUUGUCAGUGGUGAUGAACAGAGUGGCCCUAAAGCUGUGCGCAACCCUCAACAUAACAUGCCCAGGGUUCUCCUGAUCUACUAGUCCAACCUGCCUGUAGCUCCCAGGGUUCUCCUGAUCUUCUAGUCCAACCUGCCUGUAGCUCCCUUAGUACUCCCGAUCUACUAGUCAAAAAUAAUUAAUUAAAUUAUUAUUUUUUUUUUAUGUGAACUGACAUUUAUUCCCUCUGAGUAACAGACUCCACUAAAUCCCAUAAUGCAGAGAGCAGUUUGUGUCUACUGGGCCAACAGUCCUUAACAAACAUUCUGUAGCAUAGACAGUCAUGUUAAUUUUUCAUGUUACUGUGUCUUUGGAUUUUUUUCCUGAGAAAGGUCACGUGUGUCAUUUGAUCACCCUUGCAAGACUGUACUCUAGUUCAUUCCUUUCCUUAAACCAUUACUUUUUUGUUUCUUUUAAUUAUUUUUAUUUUUUAAAUUCUUUCUAUAGGUGCACUCUGCACCCAAAUGACUCUCUGGCUAUGGAAGGACCUUUGUCCCGCGUCAAGUCUCUGAAGAAGUCCCUAAGGCAGUCAUUCCGUAGAAUCCGGAAAAGCAGAGUUUCAGGAAAGAAGAGACCGAACACUGCAAGCCCAGCAAGCAAGGUAGAACACCUGUGACUGGAAGCUGGGGUUAUGAAUCUAAAUCUUGCUACUGUUUAAAUGGUUUUUGUUCUGUGUUUUAGAGUUGGUAUGUCUAAUAAUAAAGUAAGGAAACCAGAUGGGCAUAUGUCUGUUUGUCUCUCUAAUUCCCCAGCUGCAGGAAGCGAAUGCCCAUCUUGCCGAGCAGGCAGGACCUCAUGACCUGGAAGUGACCCCUGUUCAGAGAAGGAUUGAGCCCCGAUCAGCCGAUGACUCCCUUUCUGGUGUUGUGCGCUGCUUGUAUUUUGCUGACACGUUUCUUAGAGAUGGUACAAAAUGCAUAUACUCCUCCCCCCCACCUUUUACAAAACACACAAUCUAUGGCUGAGGGUUUGCCCCUGUGAUGGAUUAUAAUCUGUGACUGUGUCUCCUUAGCUGUCCAUCAUGGACCCACUAUGUGGGCAGGCACCAACUCCGGUUCCGUGUUUGCAUAUGCCCUAGAAGUGCCAUCGCGGGAGAAGUUCUCGGAGCGAUGUGCUGAGGCCAUUCUGGGAAAGGAAAUCCAACUCAUGCAUCGUGCCCCUGUUGUGUCUAUAGCGGUACUGGAUGGCAGGGGGAAUCCUCUGCCAGAGCCCUAUGAAGUGUCACGUGACCUGGCGAAAGCACCCGACAUGCAGGGAACGCAUUCUGUGCUCAUUGCUUCUGAGGAGCAAUUCAAGGUUAGUGGCGCAACUGAAGCUUUGCCACCAGCACCCAAUAACUCUGUUAUUAAACUCUUUUUUAAUUGGUGGUACUUUUAUUAUGCUCCCAACUGCACCAGAAGAGAUCUUGGCACAUGUAAACAGGAAGGCAGGUAAAAACUGAGCAAUAUUUCCACAAACAGACCUACGCACUUUAUGCUUUUUAAAUUUCACUGACAUUGGUGCAAAAAGGCUUGAACAACCUACAGUGUUUAUUGAAAAAAGCGAUCUUAAUUUAUUGCAUAAGUUCAUAAUUAAAUAUUUAGCUUUUUGUACUUAUUUUUUAUUAAAAAAAAUAAUAAAAUAUAUAUCUAUAUCUAUCUCCAGUAUCUUUUUAGGAAAAUCUUGUAUAAAAGCUUUGUUGUUGUUUCCAGAUAUUCACCUUGCCCAAGGUCAGUGCCAAAACAAAGUUUAAAUUGACAGCCCACGAGGGUUGCCGGGUACGGAAAGUGGCUCUGGCCACCUUUGUCAGCUGUACAUCUGAAGAUUAUGCUGAGAACUGUUUGACAUGUCUGACAAACCUGGGAGAUAUUCACGUUUUCAGUGUCCCAGGGCUGCGACCGCAAGUACGAUAUGACUGCAUCCGCAAGGAAGAUAUCAGUGGAAUCGCAUCUUGUAUCUUUACAAAAUAUGGACAAGGUGAGAUUGGGGCACAUUAUUGAAAAACAAAGUUAAUCCAUUAUGAUUGAUUUAAUCUGUUUACAAAAUAAGAUGUUCCCUGUAAGACACUGCAUUUUACUUGAUCUAGAUUUGGGUGUUCAACCUUGUCUCCAGCUGUUCUGAAUUGUUUGAAUCCCCUGCUAUUGAGGUCUAGGUUGUAAGAUCCCAUGUUCUAUUAGUGAAACCUUUUGUGAUUUACACUCCAUAAUUCCAAGUGGCAAUAUUUUGCUCUCCUUUUAGAUUGAAAUGUUUCCAUAUUUCAUGGAUUUUCCACUUGAAUUAUGGAAACUUGGAUUUAUUGCAGCUCUGUCACUUUUGGGUUCUUUGCAUAUUUAGCAAAUACCCCAAGUUGAUCUACCUGCUUUGUGUGUCAUGUUAUAGUUAAAAAGGUAAAGCAAGAUGUACUUACCUGACUCUUUCUUGUGUGGUCAGUUUUCAUCGUCCAGGAUACGUGUUACUGUCAUGCAUGCCCCCCCCUUUUUAUUUUUUAUUUUUCUCUAACACUUUACAUGUUCUGCUUUGACAGCUGUACAAUGUGAAAAAAACAUUCAAAAUGAGACUGCUCCCAAAGUCUUGAUAAACCCUGCACCUCCUUAUAACUUUAUAUUUACAGUCCUCCUUCUCUCUGCUUUAGGAUUUUACCUGAUCUCUCCAUCGGAAUAUGAACGGUUUUCUCUCAGUGCCAAGCACAUCACAGAGCCAGUGUGCCUGGUAGAGUUUGAGCGACCUCACGAUGCACUACACCUAAGGUAUGGAUGGAUAUACCCCGCAUGGAUAGAUGCAGACUGGUUCCUUAGCAACCAGAAAUGGGCCCCCACCUUAUAAAACACUCCUCCUAUCCUCUACAACUGAGUGUCUUCACAAUUUUGUCUUCCACCCUGAAAUUAAAAACUGGCUUCUGGCUCUCAUCCACCCACGAUUUCUCCCAACCCAGGUUUUACUUUAUUCAAUAUAAAAUCCUCCCUUCUUUGUUUCCAUAGCAAAGGUGCAGACUCUCCAAAAACCAAUCAGGCUAAUGGAACUCACAUAGCGAGGGAUUCCGAAGGGACUCAAUUGGGAACAGAAGGUGAGUGCUUAGAAAUUUCUCUUAAUUAAUAAAAUGAAAAGUAGAACAUUUUUAGAGACGUUUUAAAUAUGUGGGCAUAUUAAACAAGUUCAUUUCAUACGUUUAAAGAAAUGCUCUGGAUGCCAUCUUAAUGAAGCUAUGGUGGAGAUCCUGAGUACUGUCUUAUCUUGAGUGGUUAACCCAUUUAUUAAUGGUUUAGAGCGAUUUCUGUUAAUGUCUGAGGAUUCAAUGACAAAGCCUUGGUCUUUGCAGCGCUAAUGGGCUGAGUAGUAGCUCCUCAUUCGCAAAACUGUAUGAGAAAGUUUUGCAUUUUCUGGUCGCCGUAGCUGGAUUCUCAUGGACAUAUAUAAUAUAUAUUAGUUUCUUUUAAUAUGCUUGCGGUACUCUUAUAGUUUGUAUGUGGGCAAAACAAAAUGGUUUUAGAUUUGGAUUGGCGUUUAGCUUGGGAGUAUAAUAUCUUGGAAGAUGUAAUUCUGCAUCAGCUAAGAUUCUAGCUUGUAGCCAUCCCUGUCAGUAACCAUGUUAACACUGUUACAGAUAACAAGACCACCUUAUCUCACGUUUUGUGGUUUAAGUUCCCAGGCCAAAAGGAAAAAAACCUCAGUCACUUGUUACCAGUGUGUGUGUUCUCUCCGUCUAACUUUUGUUUACUUUUGGCACGGUUUCCUGGCUCUCUGCAGGUAAUGAACACAUGGCAGCCUUAUCUCCCUCCCCUCUUGACUCUCCUCUGAAUAGUACAGACACCACGCUCGAUACUACAGGUGACAUCACCGUAGAAGAUGUAAGGGAUAUACUGGGGUAAGUGUGGGCAGGGUUUUUUUUUUUUUUUUUGUCCUACAGAAUCGCUGCUUUGUUUCUGAAUAAAUAAUUUUCCCAUUGAGAGUGAUUUGUGCUAGUACCGUAUUAAAUCACAUUGACACUAUAUAGUCCAUAUUUUAAUUCUUCCAAUUUGUCUAUUUUGGCCUAGUGUGAAACUUGUUCAAUUUCAGACAUUUCCUAAUGUUGUAAAUGGCAGGUUUUGUUCAAAAACCGAAUGCCUUUACUAUGUUACGCAGCCCUGGUAUGAAAACGAGUUUAUGUUGUGCAAAUUUCUCUUCCAUUAUUCUGUCUACCAAUCCGCUACAGACAGUAAAAAGAUAAUAUAAUAUACAGAGAAACCACCCAUACCCUGAAUUACCAACUUCCUGAGCGCUCUUUAACCGUUCUUACAUAGAACGCUUAUUUAGCAAGUAACUGGAUAGGGAUAUGUAAUCAUACCAUGGACUUUAAUAUAACUUUUUAUAGCAUUUAUAACCUAUAUCACAGUAACCUUAAAGCCCAUAGUGGGCAUUAACUAUCCUUUUAAAGGGACUCUCCAGUGCCAGGAAAACAAAUCCAUUUUUUUUUUUUUUUUCCUUCAGUCUCCCUAGAUUCAUUAUUGUCUUUGAUCUUUGAACUAUGACUGGUAGAUGAGAAGGCUGCGUGUUUGUGUUUUUUUUUUUUUUACAAAUUUUUUUUUGGCGGUUUAAACUUUUAGACCAACAGUAAAGUGCAUUUUUCAUAUAGUGUGCAUGUGUAAAAUUUUAUCUUCCCUUCUCCCAUUUCUUUCUACAGGCCGACAGAAGAGUCUGAGAGAAACAUAAAGAAUUCUACAGAUGACCCACGUUCCUCUGAAAUCCUCAUUAAAUGAGGUCAGUACUUAAAAGUACCCCCUGAUAGUGCUCAGUGCAGUGCUAACAGCCUUGUUGUAGGAUCAUGUCUGUUAUGUUUGCCUGGUGCUAGAUUCAUUUUUCAUAGCAGCAUUUCCCCUCCCCUCCCUCUUCUUUAGGACAGGACUGUCAUCUAGUCUCCAUGGACGUCUGGUUUACUUAGAACUUGUGUGGAGCAGCCUUCACAUCAGCAGACACUAAUCUGAGGCAUAUGUGGAUUUUACUCUUCACUCUUCCAGUAACUUCCCAGACUGCUUGCAGGCGGUGCCACCGGACCUCCGUUAUAAGUGAGCUUAUUACAGCAGUCUCUUCUACGAAGUGUGCAUUGUUCCUCCUAAAAUUCUUUUCAUACUAUCACGGCAUAGAAAAUGAACGGAAACCCCUCAAAAUCUGGUUUUGUUCCCUUGCGUGAUGUAGAUUUCAUAAAGGAACUGCUGAUUAACAGGACAACCAUGGAUUUAUGGCAUGGAGGGGCUGGAGUGACCAGUUGAUAGGACCUUCCCCAAUAGCAUGGAUUUUAGACCAUCUUCACUCCUGCAUGCCUCGGUGCCCCGUGGACAGGCAGGUUCUGGCUGCUUUCCUGAACAGCGGCCCUGCUGGAUUUUAAUGAACUAUCGCUACCCUGCCAUCAGGUGGCUUAAAGGGGGAAAUAUCUCGGCGUGCCUUGAAGCGGGAUGGUAAAUCUAGAGAAGUGUUUUUCUUCAGUGUUUCGUACCAGCAAAUCUUGCCUCCCUCUGCAGACUGAUAAAGAGGGGUCUUGUUUGUUUAAAACUCGCCAGAACUGCUGUGAAAUGGUUAUCAUGUGUCCCCAACUGUACAGACCAAAGCUUUCAGGUUCACAAUUGUUGGCAUUCAACUACAAUCCCCACCGCCAUGAGCAUUUUAGCUCUUUAGAUGAUCCUUUCCCGUUCCGAUUUCUGCAGAGGAAUCUCAUACUCCGGAUGGGCUGGCUAGUUGAUUCUUCCAGAUUUCUGCUGUUGAAGUGAAUUUUUAUAAAUCUGAUAUUUUUUCCUUUUCAAAUUCACGUUUCACUUUGAAAGCACAUCACAAUCACCAAAGGGCUUAUUCUCAAAACACGGAAUUGUAGUGACUUGAAAAUGAAGGUGUACAUUGUAGGCGGAAAGGUUGGAUUUGAGAAUAAAUUCCCCAACUAUGCCGCCACUUGCCGUUAACUGUUCACUUUACUACAAUUCAGUGUUUGAGGAAAUAAAUCCUAUAGCUUCAGCUUGAAUACCCAAUUUGCUAAUUUAAAGUUUUCAAUUCAUGCCCCCAGGCUUAAAGUGGAGAAUUGGUUUAAAAAGCCAUUAACCCAGCAAUAACCGAACUGAUUCUGGCUUCCUGCAUUAUGUAUGUGAGUAGCCGGAUUUCACCUGCCUUUCUGUGAUCCUGGUGUGACUCCAGAAGCUGCCCUUUCUGCUGCGUUACCGGGUUAUAUCUGGCUGUAACAUAGGCCGUAUACAGCAAUCAAAGAAAUGCUACACUCCCACAAAUCCCAUUGGCUGCCUGGUAAAGCCUCAUGGGACACUAAGUCUUUUGGCAGUUGAAGACUUGCAGGCUGAACUAGAUUUGUUUUAUUUGUAAUAUAUUCACUUUCACUGCAGCCAUGGACUGCUAGUUGCACAAACUGUGAGUUAUUGGGCCCCUUGCAGCACUCUGGGGAUUACCCAAACUUUUUUUUUUGAGUUUUUAGAAAUAUUUUUGUAUGCCUUGCCUUCCAUUUUUAAGGCUAUUUUUGGUACGGCGUAUCUUUCUGUGUGAUAUGACUACAGUUUAUAUGGGGGUAGGGGAACAGAGCAGAGCUGGAAACGAUUUGCUAACGUUGUCUCUGACCAGUUUAUCUUUCGAGAAUGAUCCAUUUUCUGUGGAUUUUAUUUUUCUGUUUAGAAUGUAAUUUUUUUUUUUUUUUUUGUUUAGAUUACCCUGGUUUUUAUUAAAAGAAAAAUAAAGAAUUUUUGUCUAUUUAUAUUU